AGGCAUUAUUAAUAUAGAUAUAUACAAAAACUAUAUUUUUUCAACAGAGGGAGAAAGAUUGAUAUAUAAGCAAGUGAUCCUAAAUCCUAAUGCUUUCUCCAAGGUGAAGAGAAAGAGAGAGUUUUAGAGAGAGAAAGAGGGAGUUUUAGAGAGAGAAAGUCGUAAAAGGAGAGAUAGAGAAGAGAGAGCUACGGCCAAUGGGGGAUUCGAGCGACUCCGUUUCGGUGGAUAUGGAAACAAUCUCCGUCGCCGGAAAGGAUUUUUUUUUCCUGGAAGCAAUAUGAUAACUGGCUUGGUUUGAAUCAUAGGAUUGUCAGUUUUCUUCAGUCAAAUAUUUGGGUGCUUUAUCUCAAGUUAUGCAACUAACAACAAGGUCGAUUAUCAUCAAGAAUAAUGGAAUCCAAAAGACGGAGCACCUUGUAAAAACUGGCCAUGGUUCCGUCUCUGUUGUUGUUUUUGGGGACCAGGACAAGCCAGCUCUUAUCACCUAUCCCGACUUAGCUUUAAAUUAUAUGUCCUGUUUUCAAGGAGUAUUCUUUUGUCCAGAAGCAUUUUCAUUGCUGCUCCAUAACUUCUGUAUUUACCAUAUAAGUCCUCCUGGUCAUGAGUUUUUGCAGUUGGGAGCUGCUGUGAUGAGUCUUGAUGAUCCAGUUUUAUCGGUUGAUGAUUUGGCAGACCAGAUUGCUGAGGUGCUUGAUUACUUCGGGCUUGGUAAAGUAAUGUGUAUGGGAGUAACAGCUGGAGCAUAUGUGCUUACCUUGUUUGCUAUAAAAUAUACACGAAGGGUUAUGGGUUUGAUGCUCAUUUCCCCUUUGUGCCAAGCACCAUCUUGGACAGAAUGGUUGUGCAAUAAGGUGAUGACGAAUCUGCUUUACUUUUGUGGCAUGUGUAGUUUGGUGAAGGAGUUAUUGCUGUUGCGGUACUUUAGCAAGGAAGUCCGCGGCAGUGUUGAAGUUCCAGAAUCAGAUGUAGUUCAAGCAUGCCGAAGAUUGCUUGGUGAGCGACAGAGUCCAAAUGUAUUGCGGUUUCUUGAAGCUAUCAAUGAGAGACCAGACAUAACCAAAGGCCUGAGGAAACUGCAAUGUCGUUCUUUAAUAUUUGUUGGAGAAAACUCUCCUUUCCAUUCUGAAGCUCUCCAUAUGACUUCGAAGCUAGAUAGAAGGUUCAGCGCCCUAGUUGAGGUUCAAGCAUGUGGUUCAAUGGUGACUGAAGAGCAGCCAGAUGCAAUGUUGAUUCCACUGGAAUACUUUCUCAUGGGAUUUGGCUUUUAUCGGCCGUCUAAGUGCAGUGUCAGCCCAAGAAGCCCUUUAAGUCCGACUAGCAUCUCUCCGGAGCUUUUCUCACCAGAAAGUAUGGGCUUGAAGUUAAAACCAAUUAAAACCAGAAUAUCUGGAGAAGUAUGAUCUCAAUUCCACGAGGAUGGGCUCAAAGUUAAAACAAAAUGAUAAGUUUUUGUAAAGUAUGUAAGAAUACAUUGAAAGUUCCAUUCGAUUUGAAGACAGUUUAGGAAUGUGAAGUAAUAGGAGGGUUGUAGAUAUAAGAGAGAAAAGAGUUGGAAAAUAGGUGGUGGAAGAGAAACAAUAAGAAAGAAGUGGUUCUCUUUUUCUUUUUUUGCUUUUUUUUUUUUUUUUUGUAAUUGCAAUUGUUAGUCAGAAGUUUUGAAUCCAUCUGUACAUCUUACACAAUAAUUAUUUAUGCUGAUGAAAGGAAUAAGAAUAAUUAAAAGGCAGGUGCCAGCCUUUUCUCCUCGGUAUU